CCGUUGCCGCCGCCCGCUGCCGGCGGUCGCUGCCGCUGUGCGGGGCGGGGAGAGGCUGCGCUAUGGAAUAUACCGAACCCGCUUUGCCGCAGGGCGCUUGGGACCUGCCGGGAGAAGCCGCGGGUCACUACGAGCGAGGGGCUUGCGGCGAGGAGGACGGAGAAGCGGCGGCGGCAGCGGAGAAGAGCUGCAUCGCGCAGCAUCCCCCGCGCAGCCCGUUACGCUCCGCGCUCUCCUCCUCCGAGGGAGACCCCGAGGCUUUCUCCGCCGCCCUGCAGAGGGAUCCCAGCCUCAGCGACGAAGCCGGCGCCGGCUGCAGCUUCCAUUCCGCCGAAUCGGGAGCUUCGCUGCCUUAUUCCACGGCCACGGGCAGCGAGGGCGGAGCGGGGCCGUCGAGCGACGAGGUCGGCUGCAGCGGGUUCUCGCUGGCGGCCCGGCUGGAGCGCAGGCGGCCGGGAGGCUGCCGGCCCCGCUACGAGGUGGUGCGGGAGUUGGGGCCCGAGGAGGUGCGCUGGUUCUACCGCGAGGACGGAAAGACAUGGAAGCCUUUCGUGGGAUACGACUCGCUGCGCAUCGAGCUGGCGUUCCGAGCCGCCAGGAGAGAGGCGGCGGCCGUGGAGCCGGUGUGUGUGCGGGGGGGGCUCUACGAGGUGGAUGUGGCCAACGCCGAGUGCUACCCCGUCUACUGGAACGAAACAGAAAUGAUCCCUGUGAUGCGUGGACAGUGGUUUAUUGAUGGCACGUGGCAACCUCUGGAAGAGGACGAAAGUAACCUGAUAGAACAGGAGCACCUCAACCGCUUCAAAGACCAGCAGCUGCAAGACAGCUUCGAUAUGGAUGUUUCAAAACCUGUUGACAGGAAAGAGGAAACAGAAAAGAUCCCUGCAAUGCGUGGACAUUGGUCUAUUGAUGGCACGUGGCAACCUCUGGAAGAGGGGGAAAGUAACCUGAUAGAAGGGGAGCAUCUCAACCGCUUCAAAGACCAACAGCUGCAAGACAGCUUCGAUAUGGAAGCUUCAAAACCUGUUGACAGGAAAGAGGAAACAGAAAAGAUCCCUGCAAUGCGUGAACAGUGGUUUAUUGAUGGCACGCGGCAACCUCUGGAAGAGGACGAAAGUAACCUGAUAGAAGGGGAGCACCUCAACCGCUUCAAAGACCAGCAGCUGCAAGACAGCUUCGAUAUGGAAGUUUUAAAACCUGUUGACAGGAAAGAGGAAGCGGAAAAUAUCCCUGCAAUGCGUGGACAGUGGUCUAUUGAUGGCACGUGGCAACCUCUGGAAGAGGGGGAAAGUAACCUGAUAGAAGGGGAGCACCUCAACCGCUUCAAAGACCAGCAGCUGCAAGACAGCUUCGAUAUGGAAGCUUCAAAACCUGUUGACAGGAAAGAGGUUCUCUACUACCUCCCUCCCUUCUCCUUCCCUUCUUUGUUCAAAUGGAGAGGAUAUAAGGAGAAUUCAGAUGCUGCAUGUCUUAAACGAAAGCGUUCCCAAGCUAUUCAUAGUCUAAAGUUGAGUCGCAACCAUGUGGACUGGCACAGUGUGGAUGAAGUGUAUCUUUACAGUGAUGCAACGACAUCCAAAAUUGCAAGAACUGUUACACAAACGUUGGGGUUUUCCAAAGCCUCAAGUAGUGGGACAAGACUACAUAGAGGCUAUGUAGAAGAAGCUACGUUAGAAGACCGGCCACCGGAAACUAGUCACAUUGUGUUUGUUGUGCAUGGUAUUGGGCAGAAAAUGGACCAAGGAAGGAUCAUCAAAAAUACAGCUAUGAUGCGAGAUAAUGCAAGAAAAAUAGAAGAAAAGUAUUUUUCCAAACUUGCAACGCAUGUUGAAUUUCUCCCGGUUGAAUGGAGAUCAAAACUUACCCUUGAUGGAGACACUAUAGAAUUGAUUACUCCAGAUAAAAUGCGAGCAUUAAGGCAUAUACUGAACAGCAGCGCGUUGGAUAUCAUGUAUUAUACAAGUCCUCUUUACAGAGAUGAACUGGUGAAAGGUCUGCAGCAGGAGCUGAACCGGCUCUACACACUCUUCUGCUCCCGGAAUCCAGAAUUUGAGGAGAAAGGAGGGAAAGUCUCAAUUGUGUCCCACUCACUGGGCUGCGUCAUCACCUACGACAUCAUGACUGGCUGGAAUCCAGUCAGGCUUUAUGAACAGUUGUUGCAGAAGGAGGAGGAGGAGCUUGAAGACAGUUGGAUGAGUUAUGAGGACCGAUGUUUACUUGAAGGUCUUUACAUGACUAGACAAUGGUUGAGAGAGACAGAAGAAAGGUUAUGUGAGUUAACAGCAACCACCGUAUCAAAACCACCUGUCUUAAAAUUUAAGGUUGAGAAUUUCUUCUGCAUGGGAUCUCCGUUAGGCAUGUUUUUGGUAUUGCGUGGUGUCCGGCCAGGAAACAGCGGUAGUCAAGAUCAUAUUCUGCCCAGAACAAUUUGUAAGCGCUUACUAAAUAUUUUUCAUCCAGCAGAUCCAGUGGCCUAUAGAUUAGAACCUUUAAUUCUGAAACACUACAGCAACAUUUUGCCUGUCCAGAUCCACUGGUACAGCACUGUAAACCCUCCACCGUAUGAGCAUAUGAAGCCAUGUUUUCUCAACCCAACGGAAGAACCUACCUCAUUUACUGACAGCGAAAGCGGUUCAGCUGUACCAAGCCCAACUACUUCACCAGUCAUGGCUCGACGCCACUAUGGAAAGUCUAUAACCAACAUAGGCAAAUGUAUAUUAGGAGCUGCAAACAUUGGGAAGGGCCUCGGCAAGAUGCUUUUCUCAAGAUUUGGUCGAUCCCACACAACCACUCCACAGCCGCUCGAGGCAGGAAAAGAUGGAGUCAAGGGGGAUGACAAGAAGGCCCCAACUGUUGGAACGCCGCCCCUCUCACACUGCAGCGCAGGCUUUCUCGAAGCCCCAGUGGAGCUGGAGCACAGAAUUGAUUUUGAGCUCAGGGAAGGUUUCGUGGAGAGCCGGUACUGGUCCGCAGUCACAUCCCACACUGCCUACUGGUCAUCUAUGGAUAUCGCUCUUUUCCUUCUAACGUUCAUGUGCAAAGAUGACCAAGAAGAUGCUGACAAAUCCAAUUUAGACACUGUUUGACUGAGGGUGAGGCGGAACAGAAGAGGAAAUAUUAAAGCAAAUGGCACAAACCUGGUGUUGUACUGUUGAUCUGCAUUAUGUACGGCAUGGAGGUUUCAGGUUUAAGUGCAUGUUUGGAUUUUUUCCUGUUUCUAAAGAGAAAACAAAUUAUUUGUAUUUAAAAGCACUUUAUAGUUUUAAACAUUUUGCAAUGCUUAAUUAGACCUGAAAUUAUUCCAAAUUCCUGUUAACUUUGACUGUAUCAAAAGCCAAUCUGACGUGUAACAUCCCGUAAGCACCAUUGUGCAGUGUGCUUGGGUGACAUACUUGUUAAUAACCGUAAUUGCUGUUUAGUUCAUGAAAGUAUAAAAGAUCACAGAAUCGCUACAUUGUAAAAGACCUCCAGGAUCAUUGAGUCCAAACAUUCCUACCGACCACUAAACAAUCCCCCUGCUUACUCAUGUUGAGUCAGUUGCCCACCAAGACGCCCAGGUCCUUCUCUACAGAGCUGCUCUCCAGCCAGGUGGAAACCACUCUGAACUGCACACCAUGGUUAUGUAUCUCCAGGUCCAAGACUUUACACUUAUCUCUACUGAACUUCAUAAGGUUCCUGCUCGCCCACUCUUCCAGCUUGUCUGGGUGUUCAUAGAAUCAUAGAAUCGUUUGGUUGGAAAAGACCUUUGAGAUCAUCAAGUCCAACCAUACCUGUCCACUACUAAACCAGAUCCCUGAGCACCUCAUCAACCUGUCUUUUAAACACCUCCAGGGAUGGGGACUCCACCACCUCCCUGGGCAGCCUCUGCCAGUGCCCGAUGACUCUUUCCAUGAAGAAUUUUUUUCUGAUGUCCAUUCUGAACCUUCCCUGGUGGAGCUUGAGGCCAUUCCCACUUCAGAUCUCCCUUCAGCCUCCUCUUAUCCAGGCUAAACAACCCCAGCUCUCUCAGCCACUCCUCGUCAGACUUGUUCUCCAGCCCCUCACCAGCUUCGUUGCUCUUCUCUGGACACGCUCCAGAGCCUCAACAUCCUUCUUGUGGUGAGGGGCCCAGAACUGAACACAGGAUUCCAGGUGCCGUCUCACCAGUGCUGAGUACAGAGGGAGAAUCACCUCCCUGGACCUGCUGGUCACACCGUUUCUGAUCCAAGCCAAGAUGCCAUUGGCCUUCUUGGCCACCUGGGCACACUGCUGGCUCAUGUUCAGUCACUGUCUACCAUUACCCCCAGGGCCUUCUCCUCCUGGCAGUUCUCCAGCCACUCUUCCCCCAGUCUGUAGCGCUGUAUAGGGUUGUUGUGCCCCAAGUGCAGGACCCGGCAUUUGGCUUUGUUGAACCUCAUGCCAUUGGUCUCAGCCCAGCGGUCCAGCCUGUUCAGAUCCCUUUGGAGCCUCCCUACCCUCCAGCAGAUCCACGCUUCCUCCCAGCUUAGUGUCAUCUGCAAACUUGCUGACGGUGCACUCGAUGCCUUCAUCCAGGUCAUUGAUAAAGACAUUGAACAGAGCUGGACCCAGUACUGAGCCCUGAGGAACCCCACUUGUGACUGGCCUCCAGCUGGAGUUAACUCCAUUGACCACCACUCUCUGGGCCAUCCAACCAGUUUUCAACCCAGGAGAGUGUGCGCCUGUCCAGGCCAAAGGCUGACAGUUUCUGAAGCAGAAUGCCAUGAGAAGCUGUGUCAAAGGCUUUACUGAAGUCCAAGAAGACCACAUCCACAGUCUUUCCCCCAUCCAGCAGUCGAGUCACUUUGUUAUAGAGGGCGAUCAGGUUAGUUUGGCAAGACCUGCCUUUUGUGAGCCCGUUUGACUGGGCCUGAUCACCCGGUUCUCCUGCAUGUGCUUCAUGAUGGCACUCAAGAUCACCUGUUCCAUGAUUUUCCCUGGCACUGAGGUGAGACUGACAGGCCUGGAGUUCCCUGGAUCUUCCUGCAAUCCUUCUUGUAUAUGGGUACAACAUCAGCCACCCUCCAGUCCAGUGGAACUUCCCCAGUCAGCCAGGACCGCUGGAAGAUGAUGGAAAGGGGUUUGGAAAGGACAUCCACCAGCUCCUUCAAUACUCUUGGGUGGAUCCCAUCCGGCCCCAUAGACUUGUGGGCAUCUAGCUGGGCAAGCAAGUCUCUAACCGCCUCCUCUUGGAUCAUGGGAGCCUCAUUCUGCUCCUCUAACUUCUGGGUUUGUACACAGCGGGAACAACUUCCUGUACUAUUAAAGACUGAGGCAAAGAAGGCAUUAAGUACCUCAGCCUUGUCCUUAUCCCCUGUCACUGUUGUUCCUUCUGCCUCCAAUAGGGACUGAAUAUUCUCCCCAGUCCUCCUUUUCUUGUUAAUGUAUUUGUAGAAAGAUUUCUCUUUCACAGCCUUAGCCAGUUUGAUUUCUAGUUGGGCCUCAGCCCUCCUGAUUUUUUCCCUGCACGAUCUCACUUCCUCCCUGUAGUCCAUCCAAGAUGCCUGUCCCUUCUUCCAAAGCUCAUAGACAUUCCUCUUCUUUUUGAUGCCUCUCAAGAUCUCCCUACUCAACCAAGCCGGUUUUUCCCCCACCGGCUCCUUGUCUGGAACACGGGGAUGAUUUGCUCUUGAGCUGCUAGGAUUUCAUUUUUGAAGAGCGCCCAGCCCAUGUGGGCUCCCUUGCCCUGAAGGACUGUCUCCCAUGGGACUUUGCUGACGAUCCUUCUGAAGACUCCAAAGUCUGCCCUCUGGAAGUUUAAUGUGACUGUUCUGCCAAUCCCCUUCUUCGUCACCCCUAGAACUGAAAACCCGAUCAUCUCAUGAUCGCUUUGUCCCAGGCGUCCUCCAACCGUCACAUCCCCCACAAGGCCGCCUCUGUUCACACACAGCAGGUCUGGGAGGUCCUUCUCCUCCGUGCAGCUUUCCAGCCAUUCCUCCCCCAGUCUAUAGCACUGCAGACUUAGUUGAUUUAAAAAACAAAAAAUCAGUUGAUUUAAAACAAAACAAAAUAAUUUCCAUUAACAAAAGUAUAUCUUAGCCCCAAGCCUAAAACUGCCACUUUCUGAUGUUUUAUGUCUCAGUAAGUAGCAAAGAGUGGUGUCGUUCUUCUAGGACUGUAUUUCUGCAUCCUGUUAUCCACAGCACCAUUGAGAGACCAUUCUGACUGCUGGCUUUGGAGGGCGUGUUGUGCGUGACAUCUAGAAACUAAUGCUGAAAAAAAAAAGCAUGAAUCAAAUAUUUGAAAUGCUAUAAUUAUAAUUUAUUAUUCUCUUUAAUUGUUUCAUUUUAUCUCGGUAUAUAAAACAUUACUUUUUUUACUGGUUUCUUUUGACAUAAUUUAAGAACCACAUUUAUUUUCUACAGUGUUAAGACUUUUUCUCAGAAAUACAUAUCUUUGUACGACUAUUCGAAUGAAUAUAUGGACACUGUGGCACACUUUAAGUAUUUUUUCAUUAA